ACGGAGAGCCGCGGAGCGACCAGUUGGAAAAAGACGGCGGACCGGUCUGCGGCGAGGGUGACACGACGCCGGGGGGUUCAGUCUGUGUUCGCCCAUCAGAGACACAUCACCAGCCACGAUACGGUCCGGUUGCGUCUCUCGCCGCGAGGGUAGCCUCCCCGCAAACCAGGUGUACCACGGUGAUUCGAAUCAGCUCCUGGACGCAUCGAGCCCUUGAACUUGACAGUCUCCUCCCCGAGCGUCGGGGAUCCGAUCGGUAGUCCGACCGUCGAGGAUCCGCAUGGGAAUAGCGGACAACCAAGAUUUCCCGGUGGUUUCGAGCUUCUUUGAAUCAGUGGAACAGUGACGCACUUUGUACCCUGGUCCCAGAGUUGGGGCCAGUUACAUGGAGUUUUGUGAUCUGCCGAAUUGUGAAAAUCGUUAUUUGAGAAAGUUCGAACCGUGUUGCAAGACAGUUCCCAAGGAAUUGCGCGAAGACACUGCUCCGAUCGAGGCAAAGCAGGUGUAACAUCGAAGAGACCUAGAAACGUUCCUUCUUCCUGGAAGAUCAUUGGAAGAACUUGUUACGAGAUACUUUAUUCUCAUCUUUAAAUCGGAGCGUGUAUCGCGAAGAUUCUCGAUAUUUUCAUCAAACAUCGACGUUGCUCCGUAAUCAGUGUGAAACGUGUGAAUCUCGCGAUCGGAAGGUGACCUGGUAAAGUGUACUUCGGAAUCGAAGCUAAGAAGUCGCGGUCAUUCGGUUUUCCGAGAAACGGGGGUUCGGUAAACAUUUCCUGGAAAAGCCAUCUGGCGAGCGCGCAGUACCGUCGAGUAUGCGACAAAAAGUGGCCUAACGUUGUUAUCGAAGGCACGACGCGGGUCAAACGCGCGGCACGGGUCUGUUGUUAGUUGACGAACCGUUCGCGGUGACGAUGCGCGGCUCGACCUGACGCAGCGUUUUCGAAGUCGGUGCACACGAACGUUCCGGUGAAUCGAGCGAUCGUUCGACCGCCUAUCGACGGAAUCGGUGAUCCGAGGAGAGACGAGAGAGGAGGCGAGUGGACAGAGUGGAAAGGAAAAAUAGUGUACGAACGGGUGGUGCGACGUUCGGGUACGCAAGUCGGCAGGCCGGCUCUGGGGUGCCGGGCCCGGGCGGGGUGAUGAGCUGCUCCGAGGUGAUGUAUCAAUAUUAUCCUUACCUCUAUCAGAGGCCACCGCCGCCGCCGCAUCCGACUCACCCUCAUGCGGCCUCUCACACCCAUCCCCACGCAAAUCCGCAUGCGGCUCACCACAGCCCGGCGAGGCCCGCGCCUUUUCAAUCCUUCUCAGCGGCCACGGCGACGCAUCAAUACGAUAGGUUGAACGUUCACCAAAGAUCGCUAGAGGCGGCUGGCCUUGAAAUUUGCGGUGCCAGUGGAAGUGUCCCGCAAGGACAGCCCAGCAGCGCGGGUUCCGUCGGUUCAGCGCCAAGUCCAGCGUCGCCAAGACCAACCCCGCAACCACGACCACCCCUUGCGACGACCACUUCUCAACCCUCGAGAACGUUAGACGACGAUAGAUCGACGGACGGUACUGGUACCGCCGCGGAGGACUCUGACGAUGGCGGAAGCAGGGCGGAAUACAUGAACGCGAACUGUGUGGUCUUCACUCAUUACCGAGGGGAUGCAGCGUCCGAGGUGGAGGAACACUUUCAAAGAGCGCUUGCCCACGACAAACUGAAAGAAAAUAUCUCUCCCAUGUCCAUGAGGAACUUCCCCGCUUCCUUCUGGAACAGCCAGCAUCCUGGUGAGAUCUACGAGUAUCCAACGGAUCCAUGGCACCCACACUACCCACAGUAUCACCACAGGGCUGUGCACGAGUAUCACCACCAUAAUAUGGCGGCCGUGACGAGUUACGGUGGUCUGUUGUUGGGUGGUGCACGAGGACUCGGCCACCAUACGUCCCAUCAUGCGGCGCACCACGCGCACGCCGCGGCCUCCUACAAGGACUGGACGUCGGCGACGCCGUCGCAGUCGCUCGUCGACGCUUCCUCCGCACCCCCUUACCCGCACGGCCCCUACGCACCCCUCUCUGAAUCCUGCCAAAAUAAUCGCAGCACUUGCACGAGCCGGAAGCAAUCACCAGGCGCCCGUGACUCGUUCGCGCAUUCAUAAUUAAGUAGAAAGUUAAAGAUACUCCAGGCAAUAAGAGUCACGACUGUCAUCGCAGUAGUGCUACUGUACGUGGCACGACAGAAGGAUGAUUUCGAAUACGAACCAAUCAAAGUUUAAAUUUUAUUUAAAUGUACCGAAUCGCUUCGUUAAAUGUAGAAUAAAUUGAUCGUGUAUGCAAAA